GUUGAUAACCAGCGUCAUGAAACCUGUUAACCUUCAUUAACCCGGGCUGGAUUUGUUUGGUUUUGUCAACUCAAAACUUACUCUUCAACUCUGAGUUUGUUCAACUCGCUUCGUGCAACAGGCCUCAGGCUUGUAAAAAAAACAACAACAACAACAAAAAAAAACAGUAACAAGCCAGAGGAAGCUUUCUGAAAACCAGCUUCUUCCUACAUGCUACCUACAAAUCCCGCCCCCUGAGCAACGAUUGGACAGUUCCUGCGCUCUUCAUCAGGAUUGGCUAAGCUGUUGGCGGCCCGUUUGAAGGUUGACCUACUGACCAAUCAACGCGCAGGAGGAGGCGCUGCGGCUAAAAACACACAAACCCCUGCGUGUGAAGGACGCGGUUGCACCUUGUGUCCCGAGCGGAAGUGUUUCAGAGAGUGAUAACUGCAUUCGGAGGAGUCCUGUCUGCAGUGUGUGCUAAUGAGUUGAACACACUGAGGUCAGGAGGUGUGUAAGCCAGACGGUGGAGGCCCGAGACAGACAUGGCUGGGUUUCUGGAUAACUUCCGCUGGCCUGAGUGCGAGUGCAUCGACUGGGCAGAGAGGAGGAACACCGUGGCCUCCAUUGUGGCUGGUAUUCUGUUUUUCACAGGGUGGUGGAUUAUAAUCGAUGCUGCUGUGUCCUACCCAAAUCCAGAUGAUCUAAAUCAUGCUUUUCACACAUGUGGGGUUUUCUCUACAUUGGCUUUUUUCAUGAUUAAUGCUGUGUCAAAUGCUCAUGUCCGUGGGGACACAUACGGAGAGGGCUGCCUCGGCCGGACAGGUGCUCGUCUUUGGCUCUUCAUCGGCUUCCUGAUCAUGUUCGCCUCUCUCAUCGCCUCUAUCUGGAUCUUGUUUGGAGCUUAUGUUGCACCGGGACAUACUGUGUUUCCCGGAUUGUCUGUGUUCUUCCAGAACUUGUUAAUAUUUUUCAGCUCUCUUGUCUACAAGUUUGGAAGAACUGAGGAUUUAUGGGGCUAAGUUGUGCCAAACCUUUCAUCUAAACCCUGAACUCUCUUUGCACCCUCAAUCCUCACUUUGACCUCAGGUUUAUAUCAGUAAAAUCUGGGCUGCAGACUGAAUUUUCAUACCCAAAUUUUGAAUUAUUUAGUAUAGUGUUAGAAAUUAUCCAUUCUACAUAAUGCAUUGCCUCAAGUGUGCCUGUCCUGCUGUAACCCAUGUGUGUCAUGGGUUUCUUUGGUCCUUUACAUCAGUUUAUAUAUCCAGCUGUUUUGCUUGUGUGUAAUUUGUGAAAUGAAAAUAUUUUCUUAUAAUAAUAUUUUUAAAUGUAUAGGCUGUAGUUGCCUUGAAACCUUACUGUGUCUAAUCAGCUUAGAGCUACAUGUACAUGUAUUGCACAGUAGCUAGAACCAAAUCCCAGAUCAAUUAAGUGUUCUAGUCUUUUAUUUUGUAUUUUAUUUUUAUAACUUUUUAAUGAACUACUGGCACUAACAUAGCAACAGAUAGUAGACAUUCAUGCACUGGCAUUUCUAUCAUCAUUACAACAUGCACUGCAAAAAAUUAUAUCUUGGCACAUGACAAUAUCUUGAAUAUUAUUUCUUAUUAUUCCAUUAUUUCUUAUUAUUCCAUAAAUGUGCAUUAUUUUUGAAUAACCACAUGGCUCAGACAGAAGUUCCAGCUGUAACAUGAACAAUAGGCUUUUAUUGAUGCGCUCAUUCUAAUACAUUGUUUCUAUAGAAACAGCUCAUACACAGGGAUUUGCAGAUUGGACACGCCACAUAAUGUAAAUCUUAUAAUAAACAGAUUUUAAAAAAAUGUGGUGAAGUUUUUUGUUAAGACAUUUAUUUAUGGAAAGAGUCUCGAGUGUCAGUGCUUUGUAAUGGUGUUUAGCCAAAUUUCCCAGCACAGGAAAGUCUUCAGGAGUUUACCCUUUUUGGUAAAAAUGGCAGGCUGCAUUUUUUGAGAGAGAGAGAAAGAGCGAGAGAGAGAGAGAAAGAGAGGGAGAGAGAGAGAGAGAGAGAGCGAGAGAGAGAGAGAAAGAGUGAGAGAGAGAGAGAAAGAGAGAGAGGCUGGUGAGGGAACAACUGUAUAUCGUUGCAAUAACGUAAGAGAUAACAGGAACUAACUAACUUUUUCUUUAACUGUCUGACACGUGUCUGUCGUGUGUUACUCCUUACUCAUGUGGCUAUUAUAAAUAAAAUCUAAGCUUAUUCACCCUGUUUUGAUGCUUUUACUCAUUUCAAGCUUAAAAUUUUCUUAUUCUAUUGGCAGAUAAUUUUUUUCCUAGAAAUAAAUACUUACGAUUAGAAAAGUUAUCUGCCAAUACAUCCAAACUAUAUCAAGCUUGAAAUUAGUUAAAAAAAAUAUCUAAAAAAAAAUAGGGUUAAUAAUCUUAUGGUUGGUUUAUUAUAAUCUUAGGAUUCCUAUCCAGUUAUUUCACACAGAAAUAAUUAAGGAAUAAUUUCACUAGUAUUUCCGUCUCAGUUAUGUUUAAUUUACAAUAUUUUAUUGUAGUCAAUUAUAUUGGUUGGUUUUCUUUCUGCCUUCCUCAUGACCCGAGGCUGCACUGUCUGCGAAUAGGACUUGAUAUUCACUUCUGAAAUAUUUUAAAGCAAGUAGUUGGAGAGUAGUUGAAGAGUUUGAGAGUAGUUGGACCCGUAAUUCAUGUGUUCUCUGUGUAUUUUCUCUUAAUAACCUUUUUCAGCUAUAUUCUAACCUGAUGAAAGCAUAACUGAGAGCAGUGCAGAUGAUUAUUGAUCUUAUUGACUGAUGGUUUAGAUACUUUUUUUAAAAUCUCUGCUUGCUCUUGAGCACAGAAUCAAUAUGAUGCAUUUCUCACUUAUUGUAGUGAAAUUGUACAAUUUUGCUUUUCUAAUCAGCACCCAAAUGUCAUUUUUGUGUUAAUCUAAAGAUUUCAGAUUUGUGUAGAAACUGUAUUAUUGUAUGAGUGAUCCAUCGUAAUAAAACCAGUCAUUUGGA